GGAAGUAUUUUGACAGAACAUUUAAUAAAUAAUGUAUCAUAGAAAUAUGUUGAUUUUUAAAUUCAAGCUUUAGGGGACACUGUUAUUUCUUCCUAAAGGUACUAGCCACACAACAUGACAGGAAAGAACCAAACCACUGUGUCAGAGUUCCUCCUCCUGGGCCUGCCCAUCCAGCCACAGCACAAAAACCUCUUCUACGUCCUGUUCCUGGCCAUGUACCUGACCACAGUCAUAGGGAACCUCCUCAUCAUCAUCCUCAUUCGACUGGACUCCCGUCUCCACACGCCCAUGUAUUUGUUUCUCAGCAACUUGUCCCUCUCUGACCUCUGCUUCUCCUCUGUCACAAUGCCCAAAUUGCUGCAGAUCAUGCAGAGCCAAGUCCCAUCCAUCCCCUAUGAAGGAUGCCUGGCCCAAAUGUACUUCUUCCUGUUUUUUGGAGACCUGGAGAGCUUCCUCCUUGUGGCCAUGGCCUACGACCGCUAUGUGGCCAUCUGUUUCCCCCUGCACUACACCAGCAUCAUGAGCCCCAAGCUCUGCUUCUGCCUGGCGGCACUGUCCUGGGUGCUGACCACAUUCCAUGCCCUGCUGCACACCCUGCUCAUGGCCAGACUGUCUUUCUGUGCAGAUAAUGUAAUCUCACACUUUUUCUGUGAUAUGUCUGCUCUUCUGAAGUUGGCCUGCUCUGAUACCCAUGUCAAUGCAUUGGUGAUAUUUGUCACGGGAAGCAUCAUUCUCGUCAUCCCUUUCCUACUCAUUAUCACAUCCUAUGCAAGGAUUGUGUCUUCCAUCAUCAAGGUUCCUUCUGCACGGGGCAUCCGUAAGGCCUUCUCCACCUGUGGCUCCCACCUGUCUGUGGUGUCGUUGUUCUAUGGGACAGUUAUUGGUCUCUACCUAAUCCCGUCAGCCAAUAAUUCUACUGUGAAAGAGAUUGUCAUGGCUAUGAUGUACACUGUGGUGACUCCCAUGCUGAACCCCUUCAUCUACAGCCUGAGGAACCAAGACAUAAAGGGAGCCCUGGGAAGAAUUAACUGUGGAAAGAAGACUCUCUUCUCUCUAGGAUGUUAGUACCUUAAAUAUGUACAUAAUUUUAUACUGUAUAUUAUUGAUAUUAAUAUUGGAACAGUAUCCCAGAUACUUUCAUCACUUUGUAGACCUCUAUUAAAAUGGCAUAUUAUGCAAAUGUUCCAAAUACAAAAGGGAUGAUGUGUUGGUGACUUGUUGAAUUAGGAAGAGACUUAUUUCACUCAGCAUGAUGUGUUCCAGAUUCCUCCAUUUUGUUGCAAAUGACUGGAUUCCAUUUUUUUUUUACUGCUGUAUAGUAUUCUAUAGAGUACAUGUCUCGUAAUUUCUUUAUCUAGUCUACUGUUGAUGGGCAUUUGGGUUGAUU